AUGUCACCUCCACCAUCAGUCUAUCUCCAACCAGACCGCGAACGCGAACACAGACGUACACAUACACGGGCCCAUCAUGUUACCUCCACUCGCAGUCCAUCCACGGCAUCCACUCUCCGCUCUCCACCCGAAAACCUCAGCGCCAGCGUCGAUUCAUUAGUAAAACCUCAAGUCGCUAGCCAAACUCAACAUCGACCACAUCGAACCCGCCAUUCCCACCCUCCAAUCCAAUCCACCCAUAAUAUCUCCAAUCAACCUCAAUCCCACACCCGCUCCUCCGCCGCAUUGCCCUCUACCACAACCCUAACACCCCGAGAACCUUCCGUCCCCAUCCGUCUUCCUCAUUCUCCUCCCUACGCUAUCUCCUCCCCAGCUACAUUCUCCAGAGCCUCUACUCUUAUCUCCACUCAAGCACCACCCAUCGCUCUCGAAUUCCUCAAUUUCCUCGACGAUCUUGGAGUUUUAGUUUUAUGUAAACCACUUCUCGAACUAUGUAACGUAGAAUGGAUUACGUUAUUUGAUGAUAUGGGAAUUUUCUAUCUGUGUGAACCGAUGGGGGCUAUUAGAAGGGUACUGAGAAAACUGAAGAUUGGGAGAGUAGAUAGGGAGAAGGGAGGGGGAAGUUGUUUAGGAAGUUCGAGUACGUGGGAUAGGGAUACAGUGUCGUGGUUGUCGAAUGUGGCAAGUGAAGUGAGGAGUGGUAGGGGUGGAAGGAGCAAAAGACAUGCUGUUAGUGGUGGGAGGAGUAGAGGGAGUGAAGGUGCAAAUGCGAGUGCGAGGAGCAUGGCGGAGGGUAAUAAAGAAAUCGGGAGUGUAAGCGGAAUUGGAAGUGGAAGUGUGAAUGGGAGUGAGAGGAUCAGUGGUGCGAAUAGGAGGAGAAGUGAGAGAGCAGCGAGUAGUGUAGCGGCGAGUGGUUCAGGGCAGAGCUUAGAAGGGGGGCCUAGAAGAAAGGUUGUUGAUUGA